UGUGAAAAAAAGGGACCGGAUGUGGGCGGGGUAGAUUCCGGCUAGCUUGCAGCCGGAGCGCUUCCUGCUGCUUGUCGCUGCUCUCAGAGUGGAACCAACACGAAACCAGCGCUCCCAGUGAAGCCAGUCCGCCCAGCAGAAAGGGAGCAGGCCGCAGGUUCCCCGUGAACUCACCGGGACACACGGACUGACCGACGGACGAACGGCGGGAAAAUGGCGAAGACGUACGACUACCUGUUCAAGCUGCUGCUCAUCGGGGACAGCGGCGUCGGCAAGACCUGCCUGCUGUUCCGGUUCAGCGAGGACGCCUUCAACACCACCUUCAUCUCCACCAUCGGAAUCGACUUCAAAAUCCGAACGAUCGAGUUGGAUGGAAAGAAAAUCAAACUGCAGAUCUGGGACACAGCAGGUCAGGAGAGGUUCAGGACCAUCACAACGGCCUAUUAUAGAGGAGCCAUGGGCAUCAUGCUGGUGUAUGACAUCACCAACGAGAAGUCCUUCGACAACAUCAAGAACUGGAUUCGCAAUAUCGAGGAGGUAGGCCACGCCCCUUUGAUGUCACAGAAAACGCUUCUGAACUUAUGCUUUAAAUGUCACUUCAACCAUUUCUUCUACCUGGGUGUAAUCCCUUUCUCUUUGGUUUUCCAGCUCGCCAUCGACUACGGGAUCAAGUUCCUGGAAACAAGCGCCAAGUCCAAUAUCAACGUGGAGGAGGGCUUCUACACGCUCGCCCGAGACAUCAUGGCCAGGCUCAACAGGAAAAUGAACGACAACAACCCGUCAGGUGGAGGUGGGCCCAUCAAGAUCACGGAGCCCCGCUCCAAGAAGAGCCUGUUCAGGUGUUCGCUGCUGUAGGCGGAGCCUCAGCUCAGACCUCCUCCUCCUGCAGCAGGAGCUGAGGAACAACCUGUGGACAGUUUAGAAGCCUGCUGUGACUCCUCCUCCUUUUCUUCUUCUUCUUCUGUUUUCUUGUUGUCUGCUGUCAGCUCAGCAGUUGGAGGCUGAGCCAACGCAGCAUCUCAGUGUUUGUUGCAGCGAGAACACGGAGGCGACGAUGAUGAUGAUGAUGGCGAUGAAGGACAAGGCCGAUGACUGUUUGUACCAAAGUGGGUAGAGCUGUGGCUCCGCCCUCUCCUCUGAUUUUACGCAUUGAGGAUGAAGCAUUUAAGGAUCAGACAUGUAGCAGACUCUUGCAGAGGCUUCAGUCCGACUCUUACAGCAACUGACCAAUCACAGACCAGCGGCCUGGACUACGAAGCAGGUAACCAAGGAUACGAGGUGCGAUUAAAGAGUUCAGCCAGGCGGUAACAUUCAGUCCUGAGUCAGUGGGAGUCUAAGAGGUCAGGCGUGGACAUCAGCAGCUCCACAAUCACCCGCGAUGACGGCUGGAUCUCGCUCGGGUCUCUGUUCUGUCGGCAUCUACAAAUCCAUCCGUCAGGCUCUCGCUUCCUGCCUCCCUCACUCAUGAACACACUUCUCCGAUGGGGCAGCAACUCAUUCCCAAAGAGUCUUCGACCAAAUUCAAAUCAGAAUCAAUGUUUUCCAUUUUUUAAUUUUUAUUUUUUUUAAUAAACACCGUAACUGAACUUUCCGAUCGCACCUCGUAUGUCUCAUCUUGAUCUAAUCGUGAAAAGUGGGAACACGGUGGUUGUGAAGCCAAACCAGGUUUUCUGAAUCUCUGUGCACAGGUUUACAGCCUCGCGCACCGCCGUCACAAACCCCAAAACCUGGUUAAACCUGAGGUCUCUAAGCCCAGGUCCUGCUUCGUGGUUCAGGCCUGUGUCAGAUCGCUUCAGCUAAUCUCCUGCACGCCGCCUAAAAAUAAGCUGAACAACAGGAACUUACCUGAUGUUGGUUAUCAGAGGCAAACUGUGCAGGACCUUUGAAAACGUCCUGAAAUGUGCAGCUUUGUAUUUUAGGAAACUUUGCAGGAAAUCAGCUGAAAAAAUUAAAAUAAAUAUAUAUAAAAAUGUAUAAAAUCAUUUUCAUUUCAAUCUUGAAUUUCCAACUCAAACAUAGGAAGUAAAAGCCCAGUAAGAUCGGCGGGCUUCGAACAGACGAGUGGAAAUCAUAAAAAUAUUAUCAAGUUUUAAAUUUUGUGUUCACUAAAAUGUCUUAACCUUCAUGUGACCUCCAGCCUUCAUUUCCUUUCAGAGUUUAUUUUAACUAAACAGAACUAAUAGUUUUAUAUUUUAUCUUUUAGUUAAUUCUGUUCCUUUAAAACGUCUCUGUGAUAAAUAUGUAUGAAAGCAGAGAAAGUCCCUGCGAAGCAGCUUUUUCUUCUCUGUUCAAAGACGCGAAGAAGCUUCUAUUUUUACUUUUGAUGCUUUUCUGUGUUUUUGUAUUUAGUCGUUUAAUAGCACACGUGCUACUUUUAUUUUGUACGUUUUCAAAGGAACUGUACAACCUGCGCUUUUAUUUUGAAGUGUUUUAUUUUCAUGUGCAGCUGCUGGUGUUAGAUUUCCUCUUUCUGACUCCCGAUCGGUUCAUUGGCUGAAACUAUAUAUUUAUUAUCGUAAAAGAUGUGAUUGACAACAACGAUUGAUUAAAUUCGAUGAGCACGGCGUGGAAACGUAAAGUCAAACUUUUAGUUUCCUGCAGUUUUCUCUGAAAAGCUGUUUCCGCGGAAGGAGCUUGAGCUCUUAAACCUUUGCAGCCGAUAUUCUGCGAUAACUUUGACCGUCACGACUAUCCCAAAACACCCCAAACAACGGCGGGAAGCAAGAUGGAAACACGGGAUAUAAACUGAAGCUACUUUCAGCUUUUUGGAAAGUCCUCGAAUUCAUAUAAUCCCUCCUGACUGUUUCCGUGAAGGCAGAGUGAAAGCGGAGAGAUUUUGUGACGUCUGUCCUGAGCUC